AUCAUCGCGUAUGAAGAUCGCAGUUCUAGAAGACACCUCCAUCAGCUAAGAUCUGAAGAGUCCAGUGUUUGGGAUUUGCUAAACAAGAUCAGUGUCAGUGGACAGUUCGUGUUGUGUUAAUUUUAGCUUUACUCAGAAGAUCAUGAUCAAGUUUAUCGUGAUUCUUGCACUCGUUGCCGUGAGUGUUCAAGCUUAUCCAGCUGAAGAAGAGCCUGCAGCACCCGUUGAAAUUCAUCCGCGAGAAGUUCCCAAGGAAAGUGAUGUGGCAGCUGUAGCAGCUGAAGAGGAAGCCAAUGAAGGCCUCAAUCCUUCUGAGAGUGCUUGGGGAGGUUGGGGAUAUGGUGGCUGGGGAGGCGGCUGGAGACGUGGUUGGGGUGGUUGGGGUGGCUGGAGAGGAUAUGGAGGUUGGGGAGGUCGUGGAUAUGGAUGGGGACGUCGAUGGGGCUGGGGCUACCCACGAUAUUACUACUGGUAGAUAACUUCUCUAAGGAGGAACUUUUCCAUUUGCUUCACUAACAAAAACACAAAAAAAACCAUUUGCUCUCAAUCAACUAAAACUUGUACGUUCGAAAAAGUGUGAAUCAAUAAAAAUUAAUGAAAAACCCCAAA